CUCCUCGCCUACUCAUCCGCUCGACACGCCACGCCACGCCUCCCCUCCCCUCCCCUCCAAGCACUCCAACUAGACUAGAUAGCUCACGUGGUCGCUCGCUUGCUCGACGCGUAGCGUAGCCAGCGUGAUUAACCGCUUUCUUCUAAGCAAAGCAUAAAGCAUUUGAUUCGUUCCUAGGACAGUUUUUUUUUUAUUGUUGUUGUUGUUGUUGGCGCGGCCGGUAGCGAUGGAGGUGUGCUGCUGCUCGACCUCCUCGUCGUCGUCCGUCCUCACCGUGGGCCACGGCGGCGCCGCGCGGAUGCUGGCGGCGCCGGCGGGUCGGUGGGGCGCGGCGGCGGGGUUCGGGAGGGCGAUGGUGCUGGCGCACCAGCUCCCGCUCCCGCUCCCGCUCCCGCUCCCGCGCCCGGCAGCCAGGGCCAGGGCCAGGCCGGCCCCGCGGCGCCGCAGGGGAGGAGGAGUCGUCAGGGCGGUGUUCGAGCGGUUCACGGAGCGGGCCGUCAAGGCGGUGGUGCUGUCGCAGCGGGAGGCCCGGGGGCUCGGGGAGCCCGCCGUGGCGCCGCGCCACCUCUUCCUCGGCCUCGUCGCCGAGGACCGCUCCUCGGGCGGGUUCCUCUCGUCCGGGAUCAACAUCGAGCGCGCAAGGGAGGAGUGCCGCGGCAUCGCUGCCGCCAGGGACGACGCCGACUCGACGGCCGCGCCGUCGUCCAGGCCCGGAUCGGGGGGGCUCGACACGGACGUGCCCUUCUCCGCCACCGCCAAGCAGGUCUUCGAUGUCGCCGUCGUGCUGUCCAAGAACAUGGGCGCCAGCUUCAUCUCGCCUGAGCACCUCGCCAUCGCGCUCUUCACCCUCGACGAUCCAACCACCAACAACCUCCUAAGGAGUUUGGGAGCGGAUCCCAGUCACCUAGCAUCAGUUGCGGUCGACCGUCUCCAAGCGGAGCUUGCGAAAGAUGGCAGAGAACCUGCCGAACCGUCGUCUUUCAAAGUCCCAAAGAAAGCCCCUGCUGGAGCCGGAAGAUCUGCCUUCUCCCACUCCUUGACUAAAAAGAAAGAUAAGGGUGCACUGGAUCAAUUUUGUUUGGAUUUGACCACACAAGCUAGUGGAGGUUUCAUUGAUCCUAUUAUUGGCCGUGAAGACGAGAUUGAAAGAGUAGUUCAGAUAAUAUGCCGACGGACGAAGAACAACCCUAUUCUUCUGGGUGAGGCGGGUGUUGGCAAAACUGCAAUUGCUGAGGGGCUGGCUCUUCGAAUUGCAAAUGGAGAUGUCCCCAUUUACCUUGUGGCAAAGCGUAUAUUGUCACUGGACGUUGGUCUACUUAUUGCUGGUGCAAAGGAGAGGGGUGAACUGGAGUCUAGGGUCACUAAUAUAAUCCGUGAAGUCCGGGAAGCAGGCGAUGUUAUUCUUUUUAUCGAUGAGGUUCACAAUCUUAUUGGAUCUGGAACUGUUGGAAAGGGUAAGGGUUCUGGUCUUGACAUUGGCAACUUGCUGAAGCCCGCACUUGCUAGAGGUGAACUGCAGUGCAUUGCGGCUACAACUCUAGAUGAACACCGGAUGCAUUUUGAGAAGGAUAAGGCUUUGGCCCGCCGCUUCCAGCCAGUAUUAGUAGAUGAGCCUAGUCAGGAAGAUGCUGUGAAGAUAUUACUGGGUCUUCGUGAGAAAUAUGAAACUUACCAUAAAUGCAAAUUCACAUUGGAAGCCAUCAAUGCAGCAGUUUAUUUGUCAGCAAGAUACAUUCCUGACAGACAACUUCCUGAUAAGGCUAUUGAUCUGAUUGAUGAGGCUGGAAGUAGGGCUCGGAUGGAAUCAUUUAAUAAGAAGAAGGAAGGGCAGUCUUCAAUUCUCUUGAAAUCACCAGAUGAGUACUGGCAAGAGAUAAGAGCUGCUCAGGCCAUGCAUGAAGUGGUGUUAUCUAACAAGGCAAAAUAUUCUCCAAAUGAGAAUGCUCAAGAAAGUGGUAGCGCUACCGUUGAAGCACCAAGUCGAGACAAUAUCGAGUCAACAUCUGGUUCCUCACUCUCAGCUGAUGAACCAAUUGUAGUUGGGACAGAGGAAAUUGCAAGAGUUGCCUCAUUAUGGUCUGGAAUACCAGUGCAGCAGUUGACUGCCGACGAUAAAAAACUUCUAGUAGGACUAGACGACGAGCUCAGAAAACGUGUCAUUGGUCAAGAUGAUGCUGUUGUGGCCAUAUCUCGUGCAGUGAAGAGAUCACGUGUUGGCCUUAAUGACCCUGACAGACCUAUUGCCACGCUGCUUUUCUGUGGUCCAACAGGAGUUGGUAAAACAGAGCUCACCAAAGCUCUAGCAGCUAGUUAUUUUGGAUCGGAAUCUGCUAUGCUUAGGUUAGACAUGAGCGAGUAUAUGGAGAGGCACACUGUGAGCAAGCUCAUAGGUUCUCCUCCAGGGUACAUUGGGUAUGGUGAAACUGGUACUUUGACAGAAGCAGUCAGGAGAAAACCAUUUACCGUGGUAUUGAUGGAUGAGAUAGAGAAAGCUCACCCUGAUAUUUUCAACAUCCUUCUCCAAAUCUUUGAGGAUGGACAUUUGACAGACUCACAGGGCCGUAAGGUUUCCUUCAAAAAUACGUUGAUUGUCAUGACUUCGAAUGUUGGUUCGACAACAAUUUCAAAGGGACGACAGAGCAUAGGUUUCUUGAAGGAAGAUACCGAGUCAAGCUCGUAUUUUGCAAUGAAAUCCUUAGUAAUGGAAGAGCUCAAGGCAUUUUUCCGUCCAGAGUUGCUCAAUAGGAUUGACGAGAUGGUUGUGUUCCGUCCUCUGGAGAAGACUCAGAUGCUGGCCAUUCUUGAUAUCAUCCUAAAGGAAGUCAAGGGCCGACUUUUGGCCCUUGGGAUAGGUUUGGAGGUGUCUGAGGCAAUGAAGCACCUGAUUUGCCAAGAAGGCUACGACAAGAGCUAUGGUGCUCGGCCUCUGAGGAGAGCUGUUGCCCACAUUAUCGAGGAUGUCAUUAGUGAAGCUAUUCUUUUUGGCGAGUUCAAGCCUGGUGACACGAUACUGAUGGACAUUGAUGCAGAGGGGAAGCCAUGCAUGAACCAUCUGGACCGACAGAUCGUCCAGGUCUCUGACCCAACACGGACGUUCUGAAGUUCUGUGCCGGACUUUCUGAAGUUGUACUUCCAGUGUAGUAGACUAGGGAUCUAAUCUUUUAUUCUUUCAAGCAUCGUGAUUAUUAAUUCUUUCAUACAUAGAUAUAUAGAGUAGUAUUCCAUCUUGUACAUAUAUCAACCAGAUGGUCCAGAUAGGGGAAUCUGGUCAGUUAUUGACGUUGUUUGAAAUUUUCAUCCAACUGUAUGUAUAUUUGUUGAAUUGUUUCCGAUUCAAUUGGCCACAUGUAUCAUUCUUAUAC